CCCACCACCACCACCACCAUCGCCAUCACACCACGGGAAAGAAAAAGGAAAAAAGGAGCUUCCUUUCUUCUCCCCCGCUCCUCGGAUUGGAUCCCUCCCCUUCCCUCCUCUGAUUCCAUUCCGUUGGAGCCCGGCAAGGUGACGGCGGAGUGAAGAUCUCGACAGGACUGCCGGCGCCCCUCCCUCCGCUGCCUCGCUCCCCACGGCGGCGAGGCGAGACCCACCGGCGACGCGCGGCCAGCCCUGAAUUGAAUCAGCUACCAUGGCGGCCUUGCCGUUAGCCACGGCGGAAGUCUGCGACGCCAACUCGCACCUCAUCACCGGCGGUGAGCUGCGCGCGCUGCAGCCCAUCUUCCAGAUCUACGGGAGGCGGCAGGUCUUCGCGGGCCCCAUCGUGACGCUCAAGGUGUUCGAGGACAACGUGCUGGUGCGCGAGUUCCUGGAGGAGAAGGGCCAGGGCAGGGUGCUGGUGGUGGACGGCGGCGGCAGCCUGCGGUGCGCCAUCCUGGGCGGCAACCCCGUCCAGCAGGCGCAGAACAACGGGUGGGCGGGCAUCGUGGUGAACGGGUGCAUCCGGGACGUGGACGAGAUCAACGGGUGCGACAUCGGCGUGCGCGCCCUCGCCUCGCACCCCAUGAAGGCCAACAAGAAGGGGAUGGGCGAGAAGCACGUCCCGGUCACCAUCGCGGGCACCAGGAUCUGCGACGGCGAGUGGCUCUACGCCGACACCGACGGCAUCCUCGUCUCCAGGACCGAGCUCAUCGUGUAGGAGAGGCUGACGCCUCGUUGGCCGUGUUGUUCCACUCUGUGGUUGUAUUUGCUUGUCUGUAACAUGAUGGAUGAACUGGCUCUGCAUAAGAGAGGAGGGUGCUUGCUGUUGCUGCCUCUGCCCUCCCUUAUUGAAUGAUGUUGUAUCUGAACUUCAGAUUCAGAAGCCUGUAAUAAUUGUAAGCUUAUCUUGCCUGAUCAAAUGGAAUGAGGAAUGGGAAUAAAAUUAUUAGUUGGGUGCCUGCA